GUAGGCUUUGUCAAACUUUCUGCAUAUCUUCAACUAACUCCUCAGUCUUUUGUCUUCCUAAACCUUCAAUCUUAAAAAUGUCUAACAUUCAUCCACUCAGAAUUCACUGCGUGUUGUCUUCUAAUCAACGCUACAUCUCUCAAUCUUCUGCCCGUUUGCCUCCCCAAACUCGCUGCCUCAGAUUCAGCGGUCGCCCUGUGCCCAUAUUACUCCGGCGGAAUGUUGGCCUUCUGCCUCGAGCCGAAGACAAAGCCAGAGGCUCUUCAAUUUCCACUCAAGAAUCGUCUCAACCUCUGGAAUUUACACCUUCCUCCGAAGCAUGCGAUCCACUGUGUCCUGUUGAUGAAACGAGCUUGCAAGAUUCUGAACCCAGUUACUAUUCAAAGACAGAUUUACUUAAAGCUAUUUCAGUUUUUGCCGCAGCAGCUACAGGAGCUGUGGCUAUAAAUCAUUCUUGGGUUGCUGCAAAUCAGGUUCCAAACAAAUCCUACAAUCAAUUUCCCUUUCAAAAUUUCUUGUUGGGUUGAUCAGAUAUCCUACUUCAGGAUAUUGCAAUGUCAUUGUUAUUUGCGAUUGGAUAUGUUGGCAUAAUAUUUGAAGAGUCUCUUGCCUUCAACAAGAGCGGGAUAGGACUUCUUAUGGCUGUUAGCUUGUGGGUUGUGCGGAGCAUUGGGGCCCCUUCAACUGAUGUAGCACUUUCAGAGCUCUCACAUGCUACUAGUGAAGUUAGUGAAAUACUGUUCUUUCUGCUUGGUGCCAUGACAAUUGUAGAGAUAGUUGAUGCUCACCAAGGUUUUAAGAUGGUUACAGAUAGCAUUACUACUCGCCAGCCAAAAUCUCUGCUUUGGGCGGUAGGUUUCCUGACCUUUUUUCUUAGUUCAAUCCUUGACAACCUAACAACUACAAUUGUGAUGGUGUCCUUGUUAAGGAGGUUGACACCUCCAUCAGAAUAUCGAAAACUUCUUGGUGCGGUUGUGGUGAUUGCUGCAAAUGCUGGAGGAGCAUGGACUCCAAUUGGUGAUGUUACAACCACUAUGCUUUGGAUUCAUGGUCAAAUAACCACACUACCAACAAUGAAGGGGCUAUUUUUGCCAUCAUCAAUCUCUCUAGCUGUUCCAUUAGCUUUAAUGUCUCUGGGGAGUGAAGUGAAUGGGAAGGAACAUAAUCCUGCAGAAGAUGUUUUGGCUGCUGAAAAGAUGGCCCCACAGGGACAGCUUGUUUUAUUUGUUGGAAUAGGUGCUUUAGUUUUUGUACCAAUAUUCAAGGCCUUAACAGGGUUGCCCCCUUACAUGGGUAUGGUUCUUGGGCUUGGAGUGCUUUGGAUCCUAACUGAUGCUAUUCACUAUGGUGAAUCUGAAAGACAGCAUUUAAAAGUGCCACAAGCUUUGUCACGCAUCGAUACUCAAGGAAUUCUUUUUUUCCUUGGAAUCCUUCUGUCUGUGAGCAGCCUUGAGGCAGCAGGUAUUUUGAGAGAAGUGGCAAAUUACCUUGACACCCAUGUUCAAAAUGUUGAGCUUAUUGCAAGUGCGGUAGGGGUGGUAUCUGCAAUUAUAGACAAUGUUCCACUGGUUGCAGCCACAAUGGGGAUGUAUGACCUCUCCUACUUUCCUAAAGAUUCAGAGUUCUGGCAACUGGUAGCAUAUUGUGCUGGUACAGGUGGGUCCAUGUUGAUUAUAGGCUCUGCAGCUGGAGUUGCUUUUAUGGGGAUGGAGAGAGUUGACUUCUUUUGGUAUCUCAAGAAGGUCAGUGGAUUUGCUUUUGCUGGUUAUGCUGCUGGAAUUGCUGCAUAUCUGGCUGUUCACAAUCUGAACCUUUCUGAAGUUCCUUUCAUUCCUGGUUCAUGAAUUGAUUACAGAAGGAUGUCAACCACUCAAUUGUAUAGGCAAAAUCUCCACCUGAUGGGAAGCAAAUUUUCCAUAGGAAAGCCUUUGCUUGAAGAUAAAAGGGUCAAAUGAUGUUGAUCAAAUGAUCACUAAUACCCCUUUAUUUAGUUGUACAAGAUUCUACAUAAGAAAAUGUAAUUUUGCCAACAGCAGACUUAACUAUUCCAAGUAUUUAUUGUUCGUGAUUUAUGUACGUAAGUACGUUGAUGUACAAUAUGUUGUGAUGUAAGAUACGGUCUUAAUACAAUAAUUCUUAGGCGUUAUAAACUUCUUUUUAAAAAA